AACCAAGCCUAAAUGUUCUCUUUUUUUAUGUUUUUUUUUUGGGGCGCAGUAUAUGUUUAAAAAAGCUUAUCGCAAUCCAGUCAGAAAAGGAGUAAUGUAAUUGACCAAUAAGAAUCGAGUAGCUUCCUCUUGGCAACGUCUCAACCAAUCACUGCAGUGAAAUGUGAACUGCUUACUUUCUGCGUAUUUGAACCACGUUUCAGGAGAGCUGUGUCACGAGGAAUGGCGCUGUAUUUAAAAGACUGCAGUGUGUCUUGCACAUACUCAUGGGGUGAGCUGCAGGCUCUUUGUAGGAGAUACAGAUUAGUGUGCAAGCAGCUGGCUGUGACUGAGGACGACUUCAAUGACUAUGUGGUGGAUUAUCUCUGUAAUUAUAGAAAAAUUAAGGGCCAGGAAUUUUUCUUGGUAAAAUGGAAAGGUUACUCGGAAUCAGAAAACACAUGGGAACCAUCCAAAAAUCUCAAAUGCCCUAAACUUCUCCAGCAGUUCCGCCAUGACAUGCGUUUAGCACUGCUUCGGUCCAAUAGGCCUCUGGACUCAACUUCGCUGAAUGCCUCUGCAGUUUCCUUCAUCCUCCAGAGAGCCAAGCAGCAUGUCAAGCUGCGGCGCUGGGAAGAAGAACUCAACCGAGCCUGUCAGCACAAAGGACGCAUCUUCGUCAGGAAUGAUGUGGAUCUGGACGGCCCUCCUACAAACUUUACGUACAUCAACAGUAAUAAGAUUGGGGAAGGUGUAGAGUCCAGCAAAUCAGCAAUAGGCUGUGAAUGCACAGACUGUAUUAAAGCCCCUGUAAAAGGCUGCUGUGCUGGUGCUUCAGAUAAUUGCACAGCAUAUAAUGACAAAAUGCAGGUGAAAAUCAGGCCCGGGAUGCCCAUCUAUGAAUGUAACUCACAGUGCCAAUGUGGGAUAGACUGCAGGAACAGAGUGGUGCAAAGGGGUAUCCAGUAUGACUUGUGUAUCUUUAAAACAGCUAAUGGGAGAGGCUGGGGUGUGCGUACCCUUGAAAGAAUUCCCAAGAACUCGUUUGUCAUGGAGUACCUCGGUGAGGUCAUCACCUCCGAGGAAGCUGAAAGAAGAGGACAGAUUUAUGAUCAGCAGGGUGUCACCUACUUGUUUGAUCUGGAUUAUGUGGUUGAUGUCUUUACGGUGGAUGCUGCUCACUAUGGAAAUAUUUCCCACUUUGUUAACCACAGUUGUGACCCGAACUUGCAGGUGUAUAACGUUUUCAUAGAUGUCUUGGACGAACGGCUUCCCAGGAUUGCUUUCUUUGCUAGACGAGCAAUACGGGCAGGAGAGGAGCUCAAUUUCGACUACAAAAUGACAAUUGAUGAGCUAGAUGCAGAAAGCACCAAGAUGGACGCUAAUUUCAGCAUGGUGGGACUUACAGACACUCCUAUCAAUCCCAUCCGCAUGGAGUGCAAGUGUGGAGCAAAGAGCUGCAGGAAAUACUUGUUUUAGUCCUGCCUUCAAAGGUUAAAUCUACAUACUACAAUUUGUAUGUAUUCACUUUAUAAACGUUUCUUUUGUGUAGUUAGUUUAUGUAAAGCUUACCUUUUAGAUAAACUUUAUAAUGCAUUAUAAUAAAGCCAUAAUGCAUUUAACUAAUUUCCAGUUAAAUUGACCAAAACAGUGCCUGCAUUUGUAAUAUUUAUUUUCCUAUCUCAACUCUUAUUUUAAUUGAUUUUAAUGUUUGCAUUUUUACACCACGUUUUUAUAUACUGUUGCUUAUUUGAUAUUUUAAUUAAAACGUUAUAUGCUUAAAAUUGAUACAUUUAUUUCUUCAUUUAUUCUUAGUAACUGAUUUGUCCUGGUCAGUGUUAAAGUA